AUGCAGGAGCAGAGUGGAGCUGGCACCGGGCUGAUGGAUCCGUGCGACUGCCACACUCACAUUAUUCAUCUCUCUGUGUUCUGCUCUGAGAAGGAGACGAAGGAUCGGCUUCUCAGAGUGUCCGAGUCGGCGCUGAUCGGAGCGAAGCGUCCAAACAACGCGACGGGCAACACGUUUGUCAGGAUCUGUGACGGUGACACAUCAGACCUACAUCAGAACCGCAUCAGUACCGCGUCAGACCCACAUCAGACCUACAUCAGAACCGCAUCAGAACCGCAUCAGUACCGCAUCAGUACCACGUCAGACCAACAUCAGAACCGCAUCAGACCCACAUCAGACCAACAUCAGAACCGCAUCAGACCUACAUCAGAACCGCAUCAGACCCACAUCAGACCCACAUCAGAACCGCAUCAGAACCGCAUCGGAACCGCAUCGGAACCACAUCAGACUCACAUCAGAACCGCAUCAGAACCGCAUCAGAACCGCAUCAGACCUACAUCAGAACCGCAUCAGAACCGCAUCAGACCUACAUCAGAACCGCAUCAGUACCGCGUCAGAACCGCAUCAGACCCACAUCAGACUAGGGACCCACAUCAGACCCACAUCAGACCCACAUCAGACCCAUCAGACCCACAUCAGACCCACAUCAGACCCACAUCAGACCCACAUCAGACCCACAUCAGACCCACAUCAGACCCACAUCAGACCCACAUCAGACCCACAUCAGACCCACAUCAGACCCACAUCAGACCCACAUCAGACCCACAUCAGACCCACAUCAGACCCACAUCAGACGAGGAUGGAUAA